AUGGCAAACGAUGCUAACCCGCCACCAGGUAUGGGAAAGAACCCCUACUGGCCCCCAGACGAGUACGAAUUCGAGGAUGUGGAGCGUUACCACGGAGGCGGAUUCUUCCCCAUCACCAUCUGGCCGCUGCUCGACCACGGGCGCUAUUGCGUGGUGCACAAGCUCGGGAACGGCCACUUCUCCACCAUCUGGCUGGCCCAAGAUCUACACGAGAACCGGCAUGUCGACCUCCAGAUUCCAACUGUUGACCAGUAUGACGUGUGUCGUGAGGAAGAGGUGUUGCGCGCUUUUUGGAAGCAUGUUGGUAAAUCCGAUGUAGGUUAUGUAUCUAGCAUCUCAGAUAUCCACACAUCAAAUAUUGGGUACGAAUGCAUCGAGUUCACAGAUGAGGUUCUGGACAGCAUAGUACCGCCCGCAUGUCACAUUGUUCUGCCCGUAAGCGAGCAGCGCCCGCCCUACCUAGUGUCUCGUGAAGAGUGGGAGAGUGAACGGCAUUUAGCACAGGAUUUUGAAGGGCCCAUCAUACCACAGAUAUUUGACUUCGGGUGCUCCUUUUUCAUCACAGAGAAAGGCCCCCCAAAGCGUCAUCUAUCUGAGCUUCGAUGA